UGGGGAGUGUGAAGUGUUAGCUGACACUAUGUGUGGAUUCACUCGAAAAGCAGAACCCUUAAAGACACUGUCGUCAACCAUCUAAUCAUGUCAUGAUUCCAAAGUGUGCCAACAGGAUGAGAUUAAAACAAGUCAGAAUCCUAUGAGUAAUCGCUAAUUUCAACAGGAAUAAUAAAUCACUAGUGACAAAGCGUCUGUAUGUUGCGCGUUUAUUCAAAGUGAUGGAACCGGGCCUAUCAGAAUUGCCUAUUACGGAAUACCAAUUUAUAAAGACUAUUGGGAAAGGAUCCUAUGGAGAAGUUUGGCUGUGUAGGCAUAAUGUUGACAGGAAGCAUGUAACCUAGUUGUUUAAGGUUUUUAUAAUAAAUAAAAGUAUGUUAUUAAGAAAAUAGAUGUGACAAAAUCUUCUGACAAAGAAAGGAAGGCGGCCAAGCUUGAGUGCAAACUCCUUUCUGAAUUUAAACAUCCUAACAUAGUGCAAUAUAAAGCCUCCUUCGAAUAUCAAGGUUUUUUGUAUAUUGCAAUGGGAUUUUGUGAAGGCGGUGAUUUAUAUACAAGACUAAGGAUGAGAAACGGAAGCCUUCUGCCUGAACGUCUCUUAGUUGAGUGGUUUGUUCAGCUGGCCAUCGCUCUGCAAGUAGGCUGACUCACUGAUAUUUAAGUAGUAUUUUAUAGUAUAUGCACGAAAGAAAUGUUUUGCAUAGAGACUUGAAAACCCGAAAUAUAUUCCUAACACGUACAAAUAUAGUGAAACUUGGUGAUCUCGGAAUAGCCAGGUGAGAAUAAAAUUGCUCGACUUCUCAACUAUAGGGUGCUAGAGUCCUCUAGUUCUAUGGCCACAACACUGAUUGGGACUCCGUAUUAUAUGUCUCCAGAGCUUUUCGCCAACAAGCCUUAUAACCACAAGGUAAAAUAUGUAAAAGUUUUAAUUUUUAGUCUGACAUAUGGGCAUUGGGUUGUGUUUUGUAUGAAAUGACUACACUUCGUCAUGCCUUUAACGCGAAAAAUUUUAAUGCACUGUCAUACAAAAUUCUAAGCGGAAAAAUACCCGAUAUGCCCACUCAAUACAGCCCAGAACUCUUAGAACUCAUGCGCACGAUGCUGCACUUGAAACCUGAGAAACGACCAUCAGCAAGGCGGGUUUUGGCUAAUCCAUUUAUCAGAAAACAUAUCAUUCUCUUUCUUGAGGCUACCAAAGACCGUACCAAUUUGUGGAGUCAUUCAAGCUUUGAAGAUGAAGAACAAACCAGCCAUCAGAGUGUUGAAUACAAGAGGAAUGACUCAGUGGUAUCCAGUGGGUCGUCGAGUGGACUAAAAGCGGUGACAGAGAAAACUGAAAUUGAAGUGAAGCAUGUGAAAGCGCCACAAGAGGAAACGCCUGAAAAAUGUGAGUCUAAGGAAAUACCUAAGGAAAAUAUACGAUCAAUAUUAAAAGAUUCAAAACAAGUCACUUCAGUUAAAGACAACUUGGGUAGUGGUGAUAAGAACUCGUUUAUUCUUCCAUCAAGGAAAUCAGAAGGUAAUGACAUGUCAGAACACAAUAUAUUAAAGGAGAAUAAUCUCUUAGGAGAAUCGAAUGGGAGCGCUGCGAAAUCAUCAUCGGAUACUUCACACAAAUGUUCACAACAAGAUGGAGUACAAUUCGAUGGGUGUUUAGGGAAUUCAAGUGGUGUGGUGAUUCAGGAGAAUUCACUCCCUCGACGUUUGUCUAAUGCCAGAUUACGUCGUCGUCAGAGACGUCGGAUGUCUGAGAAUGAUGGUGAACAACAUAAUGGCUACCCUGUUCAUUGUAAACAGGAACACCAGGUGGAUCGUGUUAACAAGUCUUCAGAUUUCAACGAGGUGUCCAAUACGGAUGAAAACAGUCCACGUUUUAAGUUCCGUGAAUGUGGGAAGUUGCAUUCACAUUCAUUCAGUGUUCUUCCUGUGUCGAUGUUGCCUAAAUUGCGUAGACCAAGUUAUCGUAGUGAGAGUGAUUCUUCUGUUCAUUCAACAGUACAACAUGCACUGUUGGGGAAUGGUUCUACUGAAUUCAGUGAAUCGAGUGGAAAUUCUCGCCUUCCAGUUGAACAAGUCGAUUCUUCAGGAAUAUCAUCCUCUCCUGCGGUGUUGUUCUCAUCUCCACCAGUUAAUCAUGACAGACAGGACUCAUCAGUAUUUCAGUGCAAUUCAACAUCCUUGAAGGAUCAGAGUGUUUCAAAAGAUAUUAGACAUGGAAUGGACGGUGAUAAUACUCCUGUACUGAGUCGAGUGACACGUAACGUCAGUAUUGGAGAUCAACAAUGUAAAUCAGAACUUUGUCGAGACCAGAACAUUGACAAGGAGAAUGAUGUGAACAAGUCAACGGAUUGUCAUCAAAACAGUGACAUGGAGAUCGCUGCAGUGGUUGACUAUCUAGCUGACACUCUGAAAGAUGACUGUCAUCCAGGUGCUCCUGUGAUAAUUCGUCGUAGUAAAAGUGAAAGGAGGCUUGUCACUGUGGACAAUGGAUUUAACAUAUGUUCAGGUGGUCAUCAAAAAUCAUUGACUUGUAGCAGUGAAGAUAAUGGACCGAUUGAACCAAAAGAGGAAACAAUCAACCGAUCUGUACACUUAAAACAACGAUUUGUGGAAUUACACAGAGAGUGUUUAAAAUGUGUCGGACUGAAGAAACUACAUGAAGCUUAUGAAAUUCUGGAUAAAGAUAUGAGUUUUGCAUCACAAGAAGUGAGUUAUAAACAGCAAUUAUAAAUAACUCGAGAGAGAAGGAGUAAGUGAGCUCUGUCUGUUGGAAUAAUCUGUGUGAACCAUAAGUAGGUUGACACACAUACUGUACAAGUGUAUUCGACAUUUACUGAUAGAACUAUCAACGAAAGCUAACACAAUGAUACGGUAUUAAAUUUAAUGUGCUUCGUGACGUUUAUCCGACUCUGUUUCACUAGCUGAAUGGCUGAUGUAAAUCGGAGUUUACCUCCAGGACACCAGGAGAUUAAAUCGCAUGUUGACAUGUUUAAAUGACAGAAUGUUUACACAUAAGUGUGAAUGUUGUAUGAGAUCCUUGAAGAGGCUAGCAGAAUUCAGUGAAAUAUUAUACCGCUUUUGACGAAAAGAGUAACAGUUCUCAAUAAAGGAAUACAGAUAGUUCACGAACAUUGAUCAAUGCAGUUUUAUUAGAUGGAGAUAGCACCUGACUUUGUUCAGUACCUUUGUAUGCAUGAUUUUGAUAAAAGGAGGAAGCAGGAACACUCAUCUUCUGAUUUGUUGUUACUUUAUCUUUCAGAUUUUAUUGAAGAAGAUUCUCGGAGUGGAUAUUUACUCACAGUAUAUGAGUAAAAUUUGGCAGCUGAAAUUACUUGAACAGUCUGCUUUUGAACAAACUCCGUUGAGAUAACCACCAGAGAGGUUCGAGAAUUUCUUCUUCAUUCUCACCAGUUCCUUCAUUAUGUCAAAGCGUAUGCAUACAUCCCAGUGAUUCUAAUUGCUUUUGAAUUUGCUACUUUAUAUUUCCGAUAAAUAUGAUUUGCAGAGGCAACACAGUUAUACUAUGUACCUUUCUCACUGAUUUCAUAGAGAAAUAUGAUUACUUUGGUUUAGGCUAGCGAUGUCUCAUGUAUCAGCAGGCUAUUCAUACACAUUCUGAUGAUUCUGUCUAUGUUGUUGAUUGUUCCUUGUCCUAGGUCAUGGUCUUUUACUUACCUUCUUUGAGAACGUUUUGACUUGUAACUUAAUAUUUUGAAACUGCUUUUGAAGCCAUGUGAUAGUUGUUGUUUGAGAUUUAAUUGUGAAUAGACUGUGAGGCAUGGUGAUACUUUAUGAAGGAGAAUUCGUUAAUUUCAUUUCAUUUUAUAAUCUCUUUCCAUAUCAUAUUUUUGUCUCCUUUUCUACUACAACCACUAAUACUACUUGAUGUAAAAAAAGUAGUAUUUAAUGUUUUGUAUAAUUUAACUUGCAUCUGAUUUUAAACUGUAUAAUAUCCAUAGGCAUAAACAAUUUUUCCGUUAACUGGUCUUCUUUUUUAAACGAAUUGUAUCCUUCAUCCUACAUCAAGGGAUGUUUUUUGAAAGCCUAGUACAGUAAAAUGUAAGUCACAAC